GUGCGCUUUCUGCGAAAAGGAUUUUUAUUCAAGCUCUGGUUUCCUGGUGACCCUGUCCGGAGUUAACCUCAACGCCGGCGCGCCCUCCCGACGCCGUCGGUUGUUGGGCCCCAAACGGCCAGCUGUCCUCCAGAAAAAACAUCCCAAGGAAAAAGAAUCAUCAUCACAGAUCUUGAAAUCAAGAUCUGGCUUCUCUGGAUUUUGUGUCUUCAGUAAAGGAGACCCCAAGAGAACCGAUCAGUUCUUGAAUUCUAAAACCAUGGCCCACGGUUUGGUGACAUUCUCCGAUGUAGCCAUAGACUUCUCUCAGGAGGAGUGGGCAUGUCUCGACUCUACGCAGAGAGACCUGUACUGGGACGUGAUGCUGGAGAACUACAGUAACUUGGUCUCGCUGGAUUUGGAAUCACCGUAUGAGACCAAGAGUUUACCUACACGGAAGGGCACUUAUGAGAUAAAUUUUUCCAAACAGAACUCAAAUAGAAAAAGUAAAUCCCUUGGCCUUGACUGGAUGUGUGAAGGUGAAUUUGAAGGACCACAGGUCCCUCAAGAGGGAUAUAUCGUCCCUCAAGAGGGAUAUAUCAAUCAAAUCAACUGUGGGAAAACGCCCACUUGCAGAGAAAAUACCUCUGUCCGACCACAUCAGAGACUUCAUAACAGGGAAAAUUCCUAUGAAUGUAAGGAAUGUGGGAAGGCCUUUAGCCGAGGCUAUCAACUUACUCAACAUCAGAAAAUUCACACCGGUGAGAAACCCUAUGAAUGUAAAGAAUGUAAAAAGGCCUUCCGUUGGGGUAAUCAGCUUACUCAACAUCAAAAAAUUCACACUGGUGAGAAACCUUAUGAAUGUAAGGACUGCGGGAAGGCGUUUCGGUGGGGUUCAAGCCUCGUUAUUCAUAAGAGAAUUCAUACGGGUGAGAAGCCCUAUGAAUGUAAAGACUGUGGGAAGGCCUUCAGACGUGGUGAUGAGCUCACUCAGCAUCAGAGAUUUCACACUGGUGAGAAAGACUAUGAAUGCAAAGACUGUGGGAAGACCUUUAGCCGAGUGUAUAAACUAAUUCAGCAUAAGAGAAUCCACAGUGGUGAGAAACCCUACGAAUGUAAAGACUGUGGGAAGGCCUUUAUUUGUGGUUCCAGCCUCGUUCAACAUAAGAGAAUUCACACCGGUGAGAAGCCCUAUGAGUGCCAAGAAUGUGGGAAGGCCUUUACUCGUGUCAAUUAUCUCACUCAGCAUCAGAAAAUUCACACUGGUGAGAAACCUCAUGAGUGUAAGGAAUGUGGGAAGGCCUUCCGUUGGGGUUCGAGUCUUGUGAAACACGAGAGAAUUCAUACGGGUGAGAAGCCAUAUAAAUGUACAGAAUGUGGGAAGGCCUUUAACUGUGGCUAUCACCUUACUCAGCAUGAGAGAAUCCAUACUGGCGAAACGCCUUACAAAUGUAAGGAAUGUGGAAAGGCCUUUAUUUAUGGGUCAAGCCUUGUCAAACAUGAGCGAAUUCAUACAGGGGAGAAACCCUAUGAGUGUAAAGAAUGUGGGAAGGCCUUCAGUCACGGCCAUCAACUUACACAGCAUCAGAAAAUUCAUACUGGUGAGAAACCCUCUGAGUGUAAGGAAUGUGGAAAGGCAUGUAAACGUGUAAACCAUCCUCCAGAACAUCAGAGAAUUCAUGCUGUUGAGAAACCUUUUGGGUACAAAGAGCGUACAGAGGCCUCUAUUCAACAUUCAUUUCUUCCACGACAAGAGGAAAAUCCGUGAUAAGACUUAACGCAAGAAAGCCUUCACUGGUCACUCUUCUGCUUAUAGAAUAUCAGAAGUCAUAUGAGAGGUGAAUUUGGAGAAUUGGAGAAAUCACUUUUUCUUAUUGAUCACAACAUACUCAGUUGUCGAUUAUUUUCUACUGGAUAGGUUAGUUUCCUGAGUGCGUAGAAACCUUCCAAUACCAUUUCAUCUCUGUCGUAUUUCAGAUUUGUUCUAAGGUAAAACUCUGCUAAUGGAGCAUAUGUGGGAGAGCUUUUCUCGUGGUACAUACCCCUACCUGUUUCCAUCACCGUCCCACCUCUUUACUCCCUGUGAGGCACUGAGAAAAUUAGCUAUUACUCCCUGUGCAUUAUCUGUGAAAUGGGGAUAAUCACACCUACCUAAUACUGCUGUUGUGGUGAUUAAAUGAGUUUGGUACAUGUAAGCUCCUUGAACGUGUAUCUGAAAUAUUGUGUAAGCUCAAUAAAUAUUAGCUGUUGUUGUUGUUCUCAUUACCAUUAACGUUGCUAUUAGUGAAUUUUUACAAGAAGACCCCCUGCGGGUGCAGUGAGCUGAGAAAAGACUAUCAAACUUCUAGAAGAAAACAUGGGGAAUUCCCUGGUGGUCCAGUGGUUAAGAUUCCAUGCUUCCACCACAGGGGGGCACAGGUUCGAUCCCUGGUCGGGGAACUAAGAUCCCACAAGCCGUGCGGCGCGGCCAAAAAAAAACAUAGAAGAAAAUUUAGGAGAUUAUUGUCACAGCAUUGGGUUAGGCAGCAUUUCUUAGUAUACAGAAGACAUUAAACAGAAAGUAGAAAGUUAUUAAGUUGGACUUCAUCAAAAGUACAAAGUUCUGAUCAUCAAAUGACACCAUGAAGGUGGUGAAAAAGCAAGAAGACUGGGAGAAGAUAUUUACAUAAACCUGACAAAGGAUUCACAAAGAAAGGAUAAAAAGAAUCCUUCAAGUCAAUAAUAAAACAACAAAUCAAUUAAAAGGUGGAGGGAGACUUACAUAAGCACUUAAGAUCACCAAAUGGCAAAUAAGUAAGUGCAGAUAUAUUAAACGUCAUCACUCCUCAAGGAUAUGCAAAGUAAAAUCAUCAUGUGAUGUCACUAGACACACACCAGAAUGGCUGACGUUAAAAUUGCUUAUAAGCCAGUGUCUUUGUUGGAUGUUCAAACAUGGCCUGUUCAAGAAGGAACAGCGGCUUCCCUGGUGGCACAGUGGUUAAGAAUCCUCCUGCCAAUGCACGGGACAUGGGUUCGAGCCCUGGUCCGGGAAGAUCCCACAUGCUGCGGAGCAACUAAACCUGUGAGCCACAACUACUGAAGCCCGCGUGCCACAACUACUGAAGCCCAUGUGCCUAGAGCCCAUGUUCCACAACAAGAGAAGCCACCGCAAUGAGAAGCCCAUCACAAUGAAGAGUAGCCCCCGCUCGUCGCAACUAGAGAAAGCCCGUGCACAGCAACGAAGACCCAACACAGCC